UUGGGCGUCAAGAAGUAUGGCGGUGAGCAGGUAACCUCCGGCGCCAUAAUCAUCAGGCAGCGGGGCACCCGGAUCAAGCCGGGCAACAACGUGGGCCUGGGCCGGGACUUUACCAUCUACGCCAAGGUGGAAGGCAAAGUACAGUUCGAAUGGGCAUCCAAGGGCCGCCGGCAGGUCAGCGUGUAUCCGGCAGUACCUCAGACCGAAGCGGUCGCCCUGGCCGGCUAG